AUGGCCUCUGCGGCGUUAUUGGAGUGUAGUUCCAGCAAUGAUGUUCUAGCAGAGGGAAUGAUAGACCUCCUGAAGCCCGCUAUUCAGCAGUUAGACCUUCACGUCCAUUCUGUCAGAGAAAGUCAAGUGGAUCUAAGAGAACACAUAGACAAUUUAGCCACAGAGCUGUGUCGAAUAAAUGAGCAUCAGAGGGUGGCUCUGGACUUGGACCCUUAUGUGAAAAAGCUGCUCAAUGCGAGGAGAAGAGUAGUUUUAGUGAACAACAUCCUCCAGAACGCCCAGGAACGUCUACGGAGACUCAACCACAAUGUUGCCAAAGAGACAGCGCGCAGAAAGACUAUGUUGGAGUCAUCUGGGGUGUUUGCCUCACGCGCUCCGAGUUUACCCUGA